AUGUUUCGACCUGCUUGUGUAAUACGCCGUGGUGUUCUUAAUGACACUGUAUUAAAAGACUGUAUUCGAACAAAAGUGAUUAAAUCUCCUUCUAUCUUGAAUCCUGCUGAAAAAUUGAAAUUAUACCAAAAAGAGAAUAAAGAACUUUUUGGCCCCUUAUUAGAAAAGAAGAAAGCAAAAAAAUUGCGUUCUCAAAAGGCUGCUAAAAAUAGCCAGACGUCGCAUCAAAACAACGGAACGGUGGUGGACAGUGAAAAACCAGGUUACGCAAGUGAAGACAAUAUUUUGCAAAUAAAACCCCAUCAAAAUGAUUUUGCUAAGCAGUACCCAUCAGUAACUUUAAUCUUGAAUAAAACCAUGACUGAAGAGUCCAGAGCUGCUCUAGAAAAGUGGAAGAAAGAAAGAAUUGCAGAAAUGGGCUUAGAGGCAUUUAAUAAAUUUUAUGAAGCUCAGUUGGCUUUAGGAACAAAAUUUCACAGUACUUUAAAAAACUAUUUUACACAACCCCAAACUCAACUACGAAUUGAUAAGGAUGUCGAAGGAGUAUGGAAUUCUGUUCAAGAUGUUUUAAAAAGCAUUUCCUCACCCAAAGCUAUAGAGUCUAAUGUUGUACAUCCUGUUUUAAAAUAUAGAGGCAUAUUUGAUGCUAUAGCUGAUUAUGAAGAUAAGCCAACUCUUAUAGAGUGGAAGAAAUCAGAAAAGGCCAGGAGGGCAAUAUCGCUGACAUAUGAUAACCCUGUUCAGUUAGCAGCAUACUUUGGAGCAGUGUGCAAUGACUUGAACUACAAGCAUUUAAACCGAUUCAGAGAAGAUACUGAAGGGUGGAAAGAGGCUUUUCGAAGAAAACAUUGGCAAUCUCUAAAAAUGCUGAGACAUAAAACUGUGUCAAUAGAAAUACUA